CCAUUCCUGAACCGACAUUCAAUUAUGAACCCACUGGCGCAGCGCGUUGUUUCAACUUUCCAAGGCUAUUCAAUAUUCAUCAUCGUAUACCAUAUCACUAUCCAGCUUCACCGUCUCACCUAAACGCACCGUCGCCAUCACCGUCGUCGCUAAUAAUCCAGAAUCAUGGCAGCUUUGAAAGAGCUUCUCCCUCAACCCAAAUCAUCUUCCACCACUUACUACGACCACAGCAACGAUCCAUGGUUCAAGCAGAGGUUCACCUCAUCGGAGGAGGAAAAGGCCUCCGCUGCGAUCAAGCAGAAGCCGGUGCCGCCAUACCUCAAGCGCGCCGGCUUCGUUCCUCGCAGAGUCGAGGAUUUCGGGGACGGCGGAGCCUUCCCCGAAAUCCACGUCGCACAGUAUCCUCUCGACAUGGGAAGGGAUAAAUCCUCGAAAACCGGUUCCAAGAUUCUGCCAGUAACUGUUGAUGCGCAUGGGAAUGUUGCUUAUGAUGCCAUAGUGAAGCAGAAUGAGAAUGCUAAGAAAAUUGUGUACACGCAGCAGAAGGAUUUGAUACCGAAGAUUUUGAAGAAUGAAGAAGAUGAUGGGAUGGAUGAGGAUGAGGAUGUGCAGAAAGAGAUUGAGGAAACCAUGCAGGAAACUAAAGCUGCUCUUGAGAAGAUAGUUAAUGUCAGACUCAGUGCGGCGCAGCCGAAGAAUGUUGCCAAGCAAUCAUCGGAUUCGAAGUAUAUUAAGUACAAGCCUUCGCAGCAGAGUGCGGCAUUCAAUUCCGGGGCGAAGGAGAGGGUGAUUAGGAUGGUUGAGAUGCCGGUGGAUCCACUUGAGCCUCCGAAGUUCAAGCAUAAGCGUGUUCCUAAGGCUUCUGGUUCGCCUCCGGUGCCGGUUAUGCAUUCGCCGCCUAGGCCUGUUACUGUGAAGGAUCAACAAGAUUGGAAGAUACCUCCUUGUAUUUCGAAUUGGAAGAAUCCAAAGGGUUACACGAUCCCGCUUGACAAGCGUCUUGCAGCGGAUGGGAGAGGCCUUCAGGAGGUUCAGAUCAAUGAUAAUUUUGCUAAGCUUUCGGAGUCGUUGUAUGUUGCGGAGCAGAAGGCUAGAGAAGCUGUUGCUAUGAGGUCUAAGGUUCAGAAGGAGAUGCUUUUGAAGGAGAAGGAAAGGAAGGAGCAGGAGCUGAGGGCUUUGGCGCAGAAAGCUCGUUCUGAGAGAACUGGCGUGGCCCCUCCAGCUGCUGUUUCUGCUGUUUCUAUGAGUAUGGAGAAGAGCAGUGUGGAAGAUGCUGAUAUGAGAGGUGAUUAUGAGCAUCCAAGGGAAAGGGAGAAGAAUUUUCCAAAGGAGUCGAGGGAAGAGAGGGAGGAUCGGCUGCAGCGUGAAAAGAUUCGUGAGGAGCGGCGCAAGGAGAGGGAGAGGGAGAGAAGAUUGGAGGCUAAGGAUGCUGCAAUGGGAAAGAAGAGUAAGAUCACAAGAGAUAGGGAUCGUGAUAUAAGUGAGAAAGUUGCUCUUGGUAUGGCUACUGCUAAGACAGGGACAGAGGUCAUGUAUGAUGAGAGGCUAUUCAACCAGGAUCAAGGGAUGUCAUCUGGGUUUGCCACUGAUGAUCAAUAUAAUGUGUACGAUAAAGGCUUGUUUACUGCACAGCCAACGCUUUCAACCCUGUAUAGGCCAAAGAAGGAUGUUGACAAUGAGACUUAUGGAGGUGCUGAUGAGCAACUAGAGAAGAUUAUGAAGACUGAUCGCUUUAAGCCAGACAAAGCAUUUUCUGGGGCUUCUGAAAGGGCAGGUCCAAGGGAUAGGCCGGUUGAGUUUGAGAAUGAAGAAGCUGAUCCAUUUGGUCUGGAUCAGUUCUUGACGGAGGUGAAGAAGGGUAAGAAGGCCAUGGAGAAAGUGGGCGGUGGAGGAACUAUGAAAGCAAGUGCCGGAUCUUCAAUGCGGGACGGUUAUGAGGGAGGUUCGAGUAGGACUCGCAUUGGAUUUGAAAGGGGACAUUAAGGAGCUCAGGAUUAAAUUAUGCCUAUUUCUCAUGCUUAGUGUUGAGUAUUACUAUUCACAGUGGUGGCAUAAGUUGGUAUGCGCCUUGAAAUGAAUAGUGGGGAUGAUCUGGUCGAAUUAGCACCCCCACCCUCUGGGUAUCAUAUUUUGGGUGGUGGAAUAAGCUGGUUUUGUAUUCUGUUGUGUUGAUGACAAUUUGUCUUUCAGUAAGUUAUAUUGAAUGAAUUUUAAUGUUUCAAGUAGAUAUUGUCUAUUAGAAAGUAGAAACUCUGGUAUAGAUGGUUGUUUAGAUGUAAGGAACAGCAUUGCAGGAUACUCUUCAUGCUGAUAUCUAAAUCUGUUACUUUAGAAUCUCUAUGUUGUAUUUA